AGUAAUCCCUUAUCUACACCCAACGGUACAGUUUAUAGCACCACAGGUAGCAAAUUCUCAAAAAUCCCCUCUACUUCUCUCCGGCCGGUGUCCUCUUCGAUUACCUCACUUCGUUAUUUGUACCCAACGGAACAACAUCGUGUAAAAUGAAACGUUCUCAAAGUGAAAAGAAAAGUGUUUCAAAGAAAAGAAAACUCGACAAAAUUUUACAAGAAGUGCGGCAAAUCAGAGAUGAGAUUUCCAGUUAUUCUUCAAGCGGAAGUGAAUCUGAAAAUACUAGCGACACUGAGAAAAUUUCCUCUCCGGGCCCAUCCGAUAACAAUAACGAGGACAAUAGAGGAAAGGAAAACAAUGAAAGUACAAACAAACUCAUUGACCUUCUGGGAUCAAAUCCCGAAAAUAAAAACAAGCAACAAGAUCCCCUUCAUGAGGAAAUUUGUCUGCGAUGGAAUGUUUACCUGAAGCAAGGACUAAAUAAGGAACAAAAAGAGGAAGUCAUGAAAAAAUAUCCAGUGUUUGAAAAUUGCCAACUAAUGAUGCCUCCAAAACUAAAUGCAGAAGUGCAACACUGCAUGGAUAGUAAAGCUAUUCGACACGAUCAAUUCCUGGAGAAACUGCAAUUACAAGUUGCUCAUGCCUUAUCAGCAACAGGUGUAGAAUUGAAUAAUAUUCUAAAAUCUGAGAAUCAAGAAGAAUUAAAAAAUACAUGCUCGACCCUUGCAGAUAUUGGCCAACUACUUUGCAAUAUUCAUCAAGCUAUCUCAUCAAGUAGGAAAUAUCAAAUCCUACCCUACUUGAACUAUAGUUCCAGGAAGCUAAUCGAAAAUAGCGAUAGAGACGAGUUCCUUUUAGGUUCAAAUUUUGCCGAAAACGUCAAAUCAAAAGAAGCCGUUCAUAAAGUUGCGAAGGAUUUAAAAGUAGUUAAAAAACAUUACACCAAUAAGCCUUCCACAUCAAAACAUCAGACACAGUCAUCGGAUUUCCAUUCAAAAAAUACAAGGAAACAACAGGAUCAUUUAAACUAUCCACGACAUCCUUCGUCUCAAAGGAAAAAGUACACUCCAUCGAUCAAGGACCAGGACCAUCAAAAGAGGGGCCGAACCAAGAAAUAUUAACUGAGAAUGCCCAGAGCUUUGUGUGGCAACAGUUUUACAAUUCUAUAUAGAAAAAACAAAAGAAUUGCGACCAAGCAAUGAGCAAUUUUUGCUUAUAACAUAUAAAAAACCCUAUCAUAGAGCAACAUCACAAUCAGUUAG